UGUCAAAACAGGCAUGGUUUUAUGUGGUCUUGAUACAUCUAAACCAUUAGUAAUUUAAUUUUGAAUCUUGAUUAAUUAAUAUUUAAAAUAUAAAGAUACAAUGGAGUACAUAACACCGGAAGAUGCCCCAGUCUCUACAAGCACAAGAAUAUUAUGCUGUCAAUGUGCAGUUCCUAUUGAACCAAAUCCUUCCAAUAUGUGUGUUGCUUGCCUCCGAGCUCACGUCGAUAUUACCGAUUGCAUUCCAAAGCAAGCUACAUUAUUCUUCUGUAGGGGCUGUGAAAGGUAUCUUCAACCGCCAGCAGAAUGGGUCGUUUGUGCUUUGGAAUCAAGGGAACUGUUGGCCUUAUGCCUCAAAAGACUCAAAGGCUUAAAUAGAGUGAAAUUGGUAGAUGCUGGUUUUGCGUGGACUGAACCACAUUCCAAAAGAAUUAAGGUAAAAUUGACAGUACAAGGUGAGGUUAUGGGUGGAGCUGUGUUGCAACAGACGUUUAUUGUAGAAUAUGUUGUCCAACAUCAAAUGUGUGAUGCUUGCCACCGUUCAGAGGCCCAAGAUUAUUGGCGCGCAUUGGUGCAGGUCAGACAACGGGCUAAUAACAGGAAAACAUUCUACUACUUGGAGCAGUUGAUUUUGAAACACAAGGCACAUGCUAAUACACUUGGAAUUAAACCAAAGCAUGAUGGUCUAGACUUCUUCUAUGCUACAGAAAACCAUGCUCGAAAAAUGGUUGAUUUCAUCCAAUCUGUGCUACCAAUAAAAUGUCAACAUUCUAAGAAGCUUAUCUCGCACGAUAUCCACAGUAAUGUGUAUAAUUACAAGUUCACAUUCAGCAUUGAGAUUGUACCAUUGUCUAAAGACAGUGUGGUCUGUUUGCCGAAGAAGUUGACACAUCAGCUUGGCUCUAUAUCACCUAUAUGCCUAGUUCAGAGAGUUACAAGCACAAUACAUCUUAUUGAUGCAAAUUCUGGCCAAGUGUGUGAUAUAUCAUCUACAGUGUAUUGGAGAAACCCCUUCACGCCAAUUUGCAAUCCACGGCAAUUGGUUGAAUAUAUUGUUAUGGAUAUUGAUAUUUUAAAAGAACAUGAAAAGAAAACAUUCCCCGGGCAAGGUGUGGUCUCAAACAAGCAUGUAGUGGCCGAUGUGUGGGUGGUGAAGGCGAGUGAGCUAGGCUUGGAUGUCAGUCCUGUGCACGCUAGGACACACCUAGGUCACAUAUUGAAGCCUGGUGACACUGUAUUAGGCUACAACCUAAGCGACUCCAACGUGAACGACGACAACUUGGACAAGCUGGACCGCAGCCUCAUACCGGACGUGUUCCUCGUGAAGAAGCACUACGGCGAGCGGUCGGCGCGGCGGCGCGCGCGCAACUGGAAGCUGAAGCACAUGGCCGACGAGCUGCACGACGGCGCGGGCUCCUCGAACGAGGACUACAACGAGUUUUUGGAUGAUCUUGAAGAGGAUCCCACAUUCAGGCAAAACAUUAACAUAUUCAAGGAUGAAAAGUCAAUCCCUAUCGAUACUGAUGACAUCGACCCGUCCCUCCCGCGCAUCACACUGGCGGAGAUGUUGGAUGACUUGGUUAUAGAAGAUGUGGAAAUGACAGAAGUCUAAGGCCACGAUUUUAUUGUUUUCACAAUUUUGCAGUAAUAAAUAUGUUAUCUGGUUA